GAAACAAGGUUUUCAAAACCGGACCGGUUAUUGAACCGUUUGCAGGUCCGAUUCCUGGUUUGACCGGUUCAACCGGUUGAACUGGUGAACCGGCCGGUCCAAACAAUAAGGAAGGUUUGAUGAGAGGAGCAAGCUGUAGGCAUGGAUUUUUUAAUUUGGUGUUGAUAAUUUUGUAAUUUUGUUAAAGUUAAAGGUUAAAAUGGGUAUAAGAAAGGAAUGAGAAGGGUGAAAUUGGAAAAAAUUGAAAGAAGAUUGCAUGAGAAAUUGAACCGGUGGUUUUUCUGGUUUCACCAGUUCUAUCGGUUUUUAUCGGUUUUCAUCGAUUUUUACCGGUUUUGAUCGGUUUUGACCGAUUUUACUGGUUUUGACCGGUUUUGACCGAUUUUUACUGGUUUUGACCGGUUUUGACCUCAAAUGGUUUUCUUAUAUGAACCGAACCGUUUUCAUCAUCGGGUAUCGGUCUGAUCGAUUCAACCGGCCGGUUCGGUUCGGUUUUAAAAACCUUGAUUGGAAAUUUAUAAAUGCAGAAGUCUUGGAGUUGAGCAUUUGGCGAGCGCCGCACCAUUUAUCUGAAAAUGAAGUAUUUAAUAUUGCUGCCUUGUGGUAUCUUUGGUUAAGGCACAUUGAAUUUCAAUGAGACUCGUGUAUUUGAUAAUUUUGGAUGGUAACUUAUACUCGUGUAUGUAAAGAUCUAACUUUUGAUAAUAUUAAUGAAGAUUAUGGUUUAUA